AUGGACUUCGAUGAGAAUCUUUUUGGCGAUAUUAGCACUGAGAUUGCAGACACACUAGAUUCGGAUGCCCUAACACUACCACCCCUCGAUUUUGAUAGCUCUACCUUGUCUUCUAAUCAUGAAUCUCCCUUUCCUGUUGACUCCACUUUUGUUGGUCCGCAGUCACCAGGUUGGGAGUUGAACACGCAAGAGCUACAGGACUUCAUAUCAGCCGAUCCUUUCUCUUUUCAGUCGCAGCAUCCGGAGGAACCGAACAAAUAUACCCCAUGCGUGGAUGAAAGUUUGUUGCAUCAGAUUAUCUUCCGAUUGAAUGAACUAAAAGCGAAGGUCUCGGCUUCAAAUGCCGAGAUUAAUAACCUUAGUUCUUCUUUGGAAAUGGCGCUGCUAAAGCUUCUUACUAUGGGUAUCGAUUUUCGUGAAGCAGUUGAAAAUCUUAAAUAA